GACAAUGCAAAGGAAAAAGACAAGUGUCAUAUGACAAUAUGCAGAGAUUAGCACGUGAUGAAACGAAACAAAAUAAAAGCAAAGCAAACAGGAAAUCGUUCACUAUCGCCUCUACAGACGACCAGAAGUGUCGCUUCACGAGAGUGCACAGGCCAUGAUGCUCGGGAGCUUGCUUUUUGUCGUGUGUUGUAGCACAGCACUGGCCCAUUUCAAUACAAAUCUAGACCAGCACUGGGAGUUGUGGAAGAAGACACAUAACAAGUUUUACUACUCCAGUAAGGAUGAGGAGCUUGGAAGGAGGGAGUUGUGGGAGAGAAACCUUGAACUUAUCACCCUUCACAACCUGGAGGCCUCCAUGGGCCUGCAUUUAUAUGAUCUGGGCAUGAACCACAUGGGUGACAUGACAACGGAGGAGAUUCUGCAGUCAUUUGCCACGACUCGUGUCCCUCCGGGCUUUAAGAGGCAAACAGCAGAAUUUGUGGGCUCUUCUGGGGCUCCUGUCCCAGACUCUCUGGACUGGAGAGAGAAGGGAUAUGUCUCCAGUGUGAAGAACCAAGGUGCAUGUGGUUCAUGUUGGGCAUUCAGCGCCGUUGGGGCUCUUGAAGGUCAGCUGAUGAAGACCACAGGAAAGCUGGUCGACCUCAGUCCUCAGAAUCUGGUGGACUGUUCCUCCAGUUACGGCAACAAGGGCUGCAAUGGUGGUUGGAUGACUGAUGCCUUCCAGUAUGUUAUUGAUAAUGGAGGAAUAGACUCAGAAUCGUCUUACCCUUAUAAAGGAGUGCAAGGGCCGUGCAGAUAUGAUCCAUCACAGCGUGCAGCAAACUGCACCAAAUACUAUUACGUCAGUGAAGGAGAUGAGGAGGCCCUGAAGCAGGCUGUCGCCAACAUUGGGCCCAUUUCAGUGGCCAUUGAUGCCACCCGCCCUCAAUUUGUCUUUUACCGCAGUGGAGUUUACAAUGAUCCAUCCUGCACCAAAAAGAUAAACCAUGGAGUUUUGGCUGUGGGAUACGGUGCGAUUGCUGGACAGGAAUUUUGGUUGGUCAAAAACAGUUGGGGUGCUGGAUUUGGAGAUGGUGGCUACAUCCGUAUGGCCAGAAAUCAGAACAACAUGUGUGGCAUCGCCUUAUACCCAUGCUAUCCGGUUAUGUAGCUGAAAUCCUGUUAAAAUUAUGAAUAUAUCAAAAUAAGAUUCAAGAUGUAUUAUUUUAUAAUCUUAUUUCUUAACUGUAAAUGUGUUAAAUAUGUUUUCCCUCAAAUUCUAUUGUCUUUUAAAAAUGUCCUAAUAUGAAUGUCUUAAAUAUAGAAUUUUAAAUCUUUUUUUCUUUCUUUCCUUUUUUUGUCUUGUAAAUCUUUAAAAGGAAAUAUGCUUUCACUCUGUUCAGUAUGUUAUGUUUACAAAUGACUUGGUUUUAUUCAGUGCAACAUCACCACGAACAGUUUUACACGAUGGAUUUUUCAAGAUCAGCACACAAUGUCCAGUUAUGAUUGACAUUUAAAUUGCUGUGAAUUUUACACCUUUGGUUGAUUAGGUACAUUAAUAAGGUAACAUAAGGGAGAGAAUGGCAUAACAUGACACAGAAAACACUUGCUACCCUUUAAAUCUGUUUAUCUGAACCAUUAAUAAGUGGAUCUCCAGAUGCCAAAGAUGCCUUGAGAGAAUGAAUUCUGUCAGCCUAUGUUAUGAUCCAACAAUCAAGUUUGCUAAAAUCACAUUUUUAUUGGUUAUAUGACACCGCGAAAACAUAAUUGCAUCAUAUUUGUAGAGACAAACAUAUUUAACAUUUGCUUGGGUCUACCUGUACAGUUUUGGCACAGCGCCACCUAUUUGUCAAAAGUGAUAAACCAUUCAUUAACCAUUAAUAAUGACAUUUUUAAAAAUGAUUAUAACCUGUCACUACAUUAGCUUAUUGUAAUGAAACUUGGGUCAUGACAAGAACAUAGAUACAAAUUUUGCCAUAGUCGGCCGAACUUCCUGUCCUCCAUUUUGAUUUGUUGAAAACCUACUUUUUCAAACUCCUCCUAGCCAGUUGGUCCGAUUUUCACCAAAAUUGAGUCAGAUCGUCUUCAGACUGUGCUGACAAAAAUUAUGGAUUUCACGUUGAUAGACAAAACCAUUUUUGUAUUGCAUUGCAACAAGCUUGAGGCAUGAUGUCAAAAUGACUCUGAGGCUGUAUCUCUGCAAAGCUGACCCAGAAUUUGCGCUCUGCAUUUAACCCAUCCAAAGUGCACACACACACCCAGAGCAGUGGGCAGCCAUUUUAUGCUGCAGCACCCAGGGAGCAGUUGGGGGUAUUGCUGGCCUGAGACUCGAACCCACAACCUUAAGGUUAGGAGUCAAACGCUCUAACCAUUAGGCCACGACUUCCCCUAGACUAGCGGUUGAAGUUGUGAUUUUCCAGCCAUUUUGAGUGAAAUCACCAUAAAUUGCUUUAAUUACUCAUUGCUGCAGUUGGUCUAACACUCUGUGCCACGCUUAGCUCCUCAUUUUGCCUCUUUUGUGCUUGGCCCCUAAAUUGCUAUAUUUAAUUUAAUAUUUAUUAAUCAUUGUUUAUUUUUCUAUUUGACAAUAAAUUGUUUAAUUAAUAUAGCCUAAUAAUGAAAUAUUAGUAUUAAGAGGCAAAGAGUGAAUUUUGUGGGCUCUACUGGGGCUGCUAUCCCAGACUCUCUGGAUUGUAGCGGGAUAUGAAGCUUGAAGAUGCAGGUCUGUUUGAAACUAUGCUAACUGAUAUCUGCUCAAGCUUUGUGUCUUUUUUUUAUUAAAAAAGAAAAGGAAAAACAAGUAUAAUCAACUAUACAAAUAGUAUAUUUGGAUGGUAAAGUAUUCAUUGGAAAUAGUAUAAAGAAGCAUACACACAUACACAUACAGAUAUGCAUCCAAAACAAUACACACAUAUACCGGUUCAAAAAUUGGUUCAAUGUUUGCACACCCAUGAUUUAUAUAAUUAGUCGGAAUCUAGAGAGGACAUAGAGUCGUAAAGAUUUAGAAUUGGGUUCCAAGUUUUAUAAAAUUUAUCAGUUGAGCCCCGAGUAGCAUAUUUCAAUUUUUCAAGUGAAAGGAAUGACAUCAGAUCCUUUAACCAAGAGGUAGUUGGGGGAGGGGUUGGACACUUCCAAUGUAACAAGAUGCACCUUCUAGUUAUAAGAGAAGCAAAGGCAAUAACCUCUGCUUUCUGCCUUGUGAUAGAAGACAAGUGAGACACGCCGAAGAUGGCAACUAUAGGACAUGGAGAUAAAGAAUUAGAUGUUGUUUUUGAUGUUGCUCUCAUGAAGUGAAUUGACCACAGUCUCUGUCAGAGAACUCAACGUCAUCGUUUUUUCUUUAAUUUCACUUCCUUUAUAUAUUUUUGUCCAGUAAGUGUUUCAACAAAUUUAUUUCCCCUUUCCUGUAACUUCCUCUAUUUGGAAAUUCAGAAAGCAAGAACUAAAGACUGAUUGGUCAAAAUGCUGUUUCUGCACCUUCACAAGCCAUUAAUUUGUUCCUGUUUAAGUAGUUUUCUCAUGCUUCACUCUUCUAUCAGGAUGCAGUUCAUGUUUGGCAUUCAGCUCUGUUGAUGUUCUUGCAGAUCAGCUGAGAAGACCACAGGAAAGCUGGUUGACCUCAGAAUCUGGUGGACUGUUCUUCCAGUUACAGCAACAAGGGCUGCAGUGGUGGUUUUAUGAAGCCUCACAUCUGUCCACCACAGGAGAUUACAAUGACCUGACCUGUACAAAAAACGUGAACCAUACAGUGCUGUCUGUGGGAUAUGGUGAUUGCUGGACAGGACUUUUGGCUGUUGAAAAACAAUCAGAGUGAUUGUAAAGUUUUGUGACCAUUAAUUGACUGGGUAUGAUUUUGUUUUUUGAAAUGUACCCACUCAAAGGCUUGUAAAAGCAGAACCGUAAGAAGUUUACUGUUUUAUAGUCUAAUUUCUUGGUUGUAAAUGUGUGUUCUGUAUGUGGUUUUACAUUUCCAUUGCCUUUUAAAAAUCCAAAUGUAUUUUAUGAAUCUAACAAAAUAAAUAUGAAAUUUUUAA